AUGGCCAAUGUUGCCGACACGAAGCUCUACGACCUGCUCGGCGUUUCGCCUUCCGCCUCCGAGAACGAUCUGAAGAAGGCAUACAGGAAACUGGCCAAAGAAUAUCACCCGGACAAGAACCCCAACGCUGGUGACAAGUUCAAGGAAAUCAGCUUCGCUUAUGAGGUGCUGACCAACCCUGAGAAGAAAGAGCUUUAUGACCGCUAUGGCGAGCAGGGCCUACGGGAGGGCGGCGGCGGCGGACCCGGCAUGGAUGACAUCUUCUCGCACAUCUUCGGCGGCAGCAUCUUCAACUUCAUGGGUGGUCAGGGCGGACGCUCACGCAACGGAGGCCGGCGGAGAGGCGAGGACAUGGUCCACCCGCUUAAGGUAUCGCUUGAGGACCUUUAUAAUGGCAAGACCACCAAGCUACAACUUAGCAAAAAUGUACUGUGUAGCACUUGUAACGGGCAGGGCGGCAAGACCGGCGCCGUGCAGAAAUGUACCGCCUGCCGAGGGCGUGGCAUGCGCAUCAUGAUCAGACAGCUGGCACCGGGGAUGGUGCAACAGAUGCAGUCUGUGUGCACUGACUGCAACGGCGAAGGCGAGGUUAUCAGUGAGAAGGACCGCUGUAAAAAGUGUGAGGGUAAGAAGGUGGUGAAAGAGGUGAAGAUCCUGGAGGUCCACGUGGACAAGGGCAUGAAGCACGGACAGAAGAUCACCUUUGGUGGCGAGGCGGAUCAGGCACCGGGGGUGGAACCGGGCGACAUUGUUCUGGUGCUGCAGGAGAAAGAGCAUGAGACGUUUCGGCGAGAUGGCAACGACCUCUUCAUGAACCACAAGAUCGGCUUGGUGGAGGCGCUGUGCGGCUUCCAGUUCAUGCUGAAACAUUUAGAUGGCAGACAGAUUGUGGUCAAGCACCCCGCCGGCAAGGUCAUCGAGCCAGGCUCGGUGCGGGUGGUGCGAGGGGAGGGAAUGCCGCAGUACCGUAACCCCUUUGAGAAGGGGGACCUGUACGUCAAGUUCGAAGUGCAGUUCCCCGCUAGCAACUGGAUUAGCCCUGAAAAAUUGGCGGAGCUGGAGGACAUGCUUCCCUCACGAUCAGAGGCGCCGCUCAUCACGGGUGACACGGAGGAGGUGGACCUGCAGGACUACGACGUCAACCAGGGCUCGUCGACGGGGGGCCGCCGGGAGGCCUACAACGACAGCUCGGACGAGGAGGGUGGCCACCACGGUCCGGGGGUCCAGUGCGCUCACCAGUAG